AUGGAACAAUCAAAUUCGUUAUUAUUGAACGAAGAAGCAUUAAAACAAUGCUCUGACAUAAAAGCAGUUCAAAAGCAGCUUAUUGAACAGCUAACGCAGCAAAUUUUGUCUGGUGCAGGACCUCCGAUAAGAUCACUUUUAGCAAGAUGUAUAGCCCAGGUUUAUUGCAUUGGUGAUACCUAUAAUCUUUUCGAGACUAUUAAUUUUUGUAAUGAUAUGUUAAAAAAUCGUGAUGAGUCAUUAAAUCAUCUUCCAGUUAAAUUGGCUGCUCUAACAUGUCUUGGUGCAAUGUACGAAAGUUUGGGAAGGCUUGUUGGUAGAAGUUAUGAAGAGUCAUUUCAUCACAUGACAAAAUGGCUUAAAAAUGCUGAGUCGCAAGGCCGAGCGGAAUUGUUAAUAACUUUUUCAAAAAUGGUUAAAGGACUUGGUGCAGUUGCAUCAUCUAUCCAUAAAGAUUUAUAUAAAAUUGUGAAAUCUCAUUUAACGGAUCGUGUUGAUUCAGUUCGAAUUGCUGCUAUAAAUUGUUUAACAGUGAUGGUCUGUGAAUGUCCAUUCUUGCAUAUGAAUGAAGUCGAGAGUAUUAGUACGUUAUGCUUUCGUGCAAUGGAAUCAAGUAGCUAUGAAAUCCGAUUGGCCAUCGCACAUCUUCUUUCACAGCUUCUUAGUUUGGUUCUAAAACCUCCAAAAUCUUCUGGUUUAGCAAUAGGAUCUAAAGCACCAACAAAUACGCAGAAUUCGCUUUCAAAAACUAUGUCGACAGACGAAGUAUUUGGUAUUUUAUCAGUUGGAUUUUUACGUGGCGGUAUCGGUGGAUUUUUAAAAAGUAGUUCCUCAGCUAUCAUUGGAGGUCAAAGAGAGAUACGCGUCGGUGUAGCUUUGGCUUACAUCGAACUAAUAAAGGAAUUAGGGCCAUCAUGGUUAGAGAAAAAUAUUGCUUUUACUUUGAAGCAUUUCGUAGAUCUUGUUGCUAAAUGUGGACCACUGGCAUAUACGAGUAAUGCAACGCAAGCUGCGGAGGUCGCAUUUAUGCGAUGUUGUGUUAGUCGAAUUUUGCGCAACACAAUUGGUUUCAUGCUUAGUGAACAGGUGCAAAUUAUUGCUUGCAAACAACUUGGCAUUAUUUUAGCUGAUAGUAUCAAUUCUUUCGAUUACAACGUUGAGCCUGGUGCAGAACGUGUUAUUGGUGCAGAAGCUUAUUCCAGCGCUGAAGCAUCUAUUAUCACAUUGCUUGAAAUUUCUUGUUUAGUCCGCCAGAUUGGGACCACUAUUACUCCUUUAUUUGUGGAAGCUUCAGGUAUAAUGGAGCCGAUAUUUUCUUGUUUAUUACAUCCAGUGUUAGCAACUCGUCUGACGACAGCUUGGUGCUUGCGAUGUGCUACAAUUAGUGUUCCAUCCCAAUUGUCACCAUUGAUUGAUCGUUGUAUCAACAGGCUUGAACAUAUGAAAGCUUGCUGUGAUGCCAUUAGCGGUUAUUCAUUUGCUUUAGCUGCGUUGCUUGCUGGAUCAGUGGAAUGUAAAUUAGGUAUACCGCAUGGGAAAUCGAAACAAGUAUUUGCGUUAGCAGAAGAUUUGAUCAAAACAGCUUCCCAGUCAAGUCGCGUUGCUCAAGUGAAAAUUCAAGCUGGAUGGAUGCUUAUUGCAGCUGUUCUUAAGUUAGGUCGUACAGCUGCUCAAGGCUGCUUACAAAGAUUGUUUUUACUGUGGAAAAGUACAUUUCCUAGAUCAGUUAAAGAGGCUGAAGCUGAAAAAGGUCGUGGUGAUGCAUUUACAUGGGGAUGUACUCUUGAUGCACGUGCUGGAGCACUCGCUUCAAUGGCAGUUCUAGCCGAACAUAGUUCAUCCUUGAUGUCUGAUGAUAUUAUUCGCAAAAUUGUCCAUUCAGUUGAAUGCUCUCUUGUUACCGUUUCGCAUCUUCCAGCUUUAAUAAGAAUGUUUGGGCAAAAAAUGCGUGGAAAAAUGGCUUUGUUACGUAUUCGUAUUUAUGCUGUAGCAAAUUGUAUCUCACCAAAAUGUUAUGAACAUUUAUGUUCCCAUCUUCUUCGUGAACUUGUGGCAGACAUCACGCUGUCGGAUAAUGCUCAGUCGAAUUAUUCAACUUCGCUGUUAACCAGCCUUUUUCCUGGAAUAGAUCAGUCGCUUUUGGGAGCAUGGAUCAAAGACACUGAUCAAGCAUCUAUCGAAUAUGAACUCAAUUUAUCGCAGAAUGGUGUGUGUGGAUCUAUCGAAAACGAUCCUCUUUGCCUAGUAACAUGUUUGAUGGAAGAAGAGCUUUAUUGGCCUGAACCCUUACCGAACGCAGUUAGCGUUAUUGAUUCAGCAGUUACUGUCUAUGGCCGUACUUAUCCAUUAGUGCCACCUAGACACAAAUUACAAAUGGCAGAUCAUUUUGCAGAAUGUAUCAAAUCAACAAAAAAUACUCAACGUCGGCAUGCAGUAAUUUUAAAAAAUAUUUUUGGAUGCCUUAUCCUAGCAUUCAAAACCUUAAGUGAAUUGAAGGGAUUGCGUAUUGAGGGAGAAUCUUUGCAAAAAGCGAAUGUCAAUAUCAUUAUUCCUCUUCUUUCGCAUUCAGAUCCUCUUUUUAGGUGUGCAGCAGCGGAAACACUUGGUCGAUUAGCACAAGCUGUAGGUGAUGCUCAGUUUGUGGCAGGAAUGGCGCAGUACAGUUUUGACAAAUUAAAAUCCUGCAGAGAUGCUACAAAUCGCACUGGCUUUUCUUUAACUUUGGGAUGCUUGCAUCGUCAUGUUGGGUCCCUCGGAAGUGGGCAGCAUUUGAAUACAAGCGUAUCUAUUUUGUUAGCAUUGGCUCAAGAUGGAUCAUCUGCUGUUGUACAGACGUGGUCAGUCUUUGCUUUAAGUUUAAUUGCUGAUACGGGUGGUGGAAUGUUUCGCGGAUACGUAGAGCCCAGCCUUAGUUUUUGUUUGACCUUACUACUAAGCACUUCUGUAACAAACAUUGAUAUCAUUCGUUCAGUUGGAAAACUGAUUACUGCACUGAUAACCGUAGUUGGUCCUGAGCUGCAGUCUGUUGGAAUUAUUGAGGGAACGAGGGCAUCAUUUUUAAUAGCGAGUUCGAUAAUGCUUGAUCAUUCGGAUCCAGUAGUUCAAGCGGAAGCUAUACAAUGUUUGCAGCAACUUCAUUUAUUUGCACCGAGAUGUGUUCAUCUUGAUAGACUCGUGAAAAGUUUAUGUAUUUUUUUAUCAAGUUCGCACCUGAUUUUACGAAAAGCAUCCGUAUGUUGUCUAAGGCAGCUCGUACAAAGAGAAGCUAAAGAAGUGCGUGAACAUGCCCAAGGUCUUGUGCCACAAGGUUUAAUGCAAAGCACUUGCAAUACUUAUCUUAAUGCAGUUUUACCAGAAACGGGAUUGGAAGGGCUUCUUUUUAGUAUGCUAGAUACGGAAACUGACAAAGCUCUCCGACAGGAUAUAAAGGAAACAUUAAUAUCGCUAGUGCAAGCAACAGGCGGAGAUUUGCUGAGUUAUUGGCUUUCGAUAUGCAAAGAUAUUCUGGCAUCUAGUAUGGGUGCUGAUAUGAGAAAUACAAUUCUUACGGAAGAUAAAUGCGCAGGGAAUCUUGGUGACGACGACGAUGAUCGAGAGUACGUUGAUGAUGAUGCUACUUUACAGUCAGCAAUUACUAUGGAUCGGGAAGAUAAGGUGAAAGUGAUGCCUAGAUGGCCAACUAGGGUUUUUGCUACUGAAAUUGUUCAGCGAUUGAUGUACAUAUGUGAUACUGAGCGUGCUCAUCUCGAUCUCGCUCUUGCCAAGGAAUUGCAGAUUUCUUCCGGAGGUCGUGCAGAUUACUUAGUUCUUCACCUUUCUGAUUUAGUCCGUAUGUCUUUCAUUGGUGCCACAAGUGACAAUACCAACCUUCGUCUCAUUGGUCUUUCGUGUCUUCAAGAUGUUAUCAAUAGAUUUUCAUCUGUACCAGAACCGGAAUUCCCAGGUCAUGUUAUCUUGGAACAGUUUCAAGCUCAGGUUGGAGCAGCAUUGCGUCCUGCAUUCGCCAGUGAAACACCGAGUGAUGUUACUGCAGCCGCUUGCCAAGUUUGUAGUACGUGGAUAGGCAGUGGUGUAGCUCGUGAUCUGAAUGAUUUAAGGCGCGUGCACCAACUCUUGGUUUCAUCCUUGAGCAAAUUAACUCACGAAUCACUCAAUGCGCAGUUGUACAGCGAAAGUGCAUCGACAUUGGAAAAGCUGGCAAUUCUUAAAGCUUGGGCUGAAGUUUAUAUCGUAGCCGUUGAACAAGAAAAGAAGUGUAAUUUGGUUGCAUCAGAACUUGGCUCAUUAGUACAGUAUUGGUUAGCUGCGUUGCGUGAUUCUGCUUUACUGUCAUUGCCACCCGAAUUUUCUUCACAGUUGCCUUCUGAAGGUGGUACAUAUUAUACAUCUGAAAGUGCAGACUGUUGUAAGGAGUAUUAUCGUUCAAGUUGGCCCCCGAUUCUUCUGGCUGCUGCUACAUGGCUUCAGCAAAACAAUUUUGACAUCUCUACGAAUUCAAUUUCAAAUUCUGAUGUAUCUGUAAGCGGUAUCGUGGCAGAUGAUGCCUGUAAACAAGUACAUUUUUAUGUUAUGCUCGGAAUUUGUAUCGAGACGUUGUGCUCGAAUCGGUGUUAUUCGGAAGGUGAUCAAACUGUUCAGCUGUGUCUUCGUUCCUUGAAUUGUCUGUUGAAAAGUGACUGGGCUCGAAUCCAAUUGAUGAGCAAUGCACAAGUGCCAAUCGAAUUAUUGAACGUUCUAUAUAGGAUUAUUUUAACUCGUGACAAUCUUCAUACACAACAUCUUUGUGGUGAAGUAGUGCUGACUAUAUUGGAUGCUGCUCAGUUUUCUAUAUCGAGUUUUCGAAAUAAAGAUAUGGAAAAUGGUAAUAUAAAUUACGAUUUGGAAAAUGUUUAUAGUGGCGAUGAAGGAAAUGAGAAUUUGAAACCUGGUUGUUCACUGGCUUUCGCCACGCUGGAAGUAUCAUUAUGCAUUCUUAUUAGACAGCUGCCACAAAUUAAUCGGUCAGUUACGAAGAAUAAAUUAACAGCGCCUUUACAUUUUCGCAAAUACUCGAGAUUGCCUGCAGAAUCCAAUAGCCUUAUCAAGCUUGGUAUUUCAAUUCUAAUGCGUAUUCCUGCAUUAUGUUCUCCCGAAGGCCUUUUAACAGUGUUGCCCAGUAUAUUAUAUCUUUUAUUAGGUAUACUUCGAGAAUCCUCUCUUCUAGAUACGGAGCAAUUGGUUCCUGAUUCGCCCUUAGGUCAUGUUUCUAUUGCGGCUGCUUUCGCUAUGCAAGCUUUACGAAGCCUCGUUUCAACGCAACCAACUGAUGAGGUUGAUCAGUGGGUACUAUUAAUGAAAAGUACUUUGGUCUCGCUUUUAAAUAUGGCAUCAGAUUCAAAAAUCGAUCAAGCAGUAAUUAUGGUUGCGACUGCUGUUUUUAUCACAUCAGCUGCUCGGAAGAUCGUCCUGGGGGAUCAAGAAAUUUUCUUGAAUAUUUGCAAAUUGUUUGAACGAUGUUUAGAUAGUGAAUGUUCUCAGGUUGCUGUAAAGUGUCUUCAGAGUUUGUCUUCUAUAUUUGCUCGACGUGAAAUAUGCUAUGUUUUUAUCAAGGAACUGGCGCCACAUAUUCUUAAGAGGAUUUGGCCUCUUUUGCCUGUCAUCAAUGAAAAGAGAGAAAUGAAUGAAGUCGAUGUUAUUCUCAUUCAGGAAGCUAUUCGCGCGCUUGAAGUCACACUUUCUGUCGCUCGUCAUUGUGAAGAGCUUAAAAUCGUCAAUAUGCUGGUGCAGUUACUCGGUUUAUUUUUAUGUGACGAUCCACAAUCACAAUAUCGCGAAAUUAAAGUGGAAACGCGAAUAAUGCAUGACUUUGCUUUAUCUAGGUUAUGUGCUAUUGGGCCUUCACAUCUUGAAGCCUUCAAGAAAGUUUUGAACACUUUCCCAGCGGUAAAGACUAAAAUGGGAAAAGCGUUACGGUAUCAAGCGACACGAACGGCAAGUACUCAACGAAAUCGAAUUGCUGCAACUAAUUCAGAACAGCCAGUUCAAAAUUUGGCUAGUCAACCAACUAUUAAGUUAAAAACUGAUUUUAAAAAUAUUUGUAAAGUAUAA